AUUCAUAUUAAAAAUUUCUUUACCUAAAUAAAUAUCAUCCUUAUAUUCUCAAUAAAAAAAUAAUGAAAGAAACAAAAAAAACUUUAAAUCAUCUAGAAUUUUUAAAAAUAAAGAAUAAUCCGCCAUGUAAGUUAAACAUGAAUAUUGAUAAUUUAUUACGAGAUAGAUACAACAAUAAUUCGUAUAACUUAUAUCAACGAAAUGUAUUGGCGCGGCUUAAUAAAAAGGGUUGCGGUAGUAAAUCAAAGAAAAUGUGGAAAGAAGAGUCCGAAGAAAUAAAGAAGUUCUUUAAAAUUUUGGCGAUUGAAGGAAAUCGCAGAUUCAAAUUAAGAAACCCAAAAUCGCCAUCGACGCAACCGCCACCACAACCACCAAAAAAGAAAUUACCGUUACUAUUACCACGUCCACCAUUGACCCAACCAUAUGUUUAUUACCAACCUCACUCAUAUGAAUAUUAUCAACCACAACCAUUAUCUUCACCAGUCGAAUACUGGAAAAUGCACAAACUAUCAGAUGAGUCGCAGUAUCAACCACAACAACUACCGAUACACUGCGUAUCAGCAGUAACACCACUUCUAUUUCAACCACAACUGCAACCACAACUGCAUCCGCAAUUGUCAACAAUACCGCCGCAACCAUUGCCACAACAAUAUGUAAAUUACCAACAGUUAUUACACGAAGAUAAUCAGUCACUGGAUGACUCCUGGUUCCCAGAUGAAUUUCAUUUACCGAUAUCACAACCACUUCCAGAGCUACUUCUAAAUAAUGAACACGAACAGCCACAGUCACCAUUAGCAUUUGAUGUUUAUUUUAACGAUCUUGAUUAA